AUGCCUCCUAUAUACGUAAAACCUGAAAAUGCGCUCAAGCGAUCAGAAGAGCUUUUGGCUCUUGGGACACCUCAAUCUCAACAACAAGCUUUCGAGAACUUGGUAGAGGUGUUCAUGAGCAAAAAGUUCAAGCACACCCCUGUCAGCAUUCUCGAGCCUAUCGUGUUCAAAUUCCUCGACCUGUGUGUGGAGAUGAACCGAAAAGCUCACGCUCGACAAGCCUUAUUGCAAUUCAAGAAUGCUGUUCAAACUACCUCCGUCGCUUCCAUCGAAAAGGUCUUGAACCACUUCAUCGCUCAAGCUGAAGCCAGACUUGCAUCAGCUACCGAACAAGCUAAAGCUGAGGUUGCCGCUCUACCCGAAAACCCAGUUGUCGACGACGAACUCCCUCUCCAACCCACCUCAUUGCUCUUAGAUACCUUUGUUGACAACGCUGGUGAUAGAGAAAGAAUCGAGAGGAGAUUGAUUGCUCCCGCUCAGAAAUUCUGUUGGGACGCCUAUGACAUCUCAUUAGAUAUUGCCAAGAGUAACGAUAGGUUGGAAGUAAUCUACCAAUCAGUCGCUCACAGAGCUUUCAACUUCUGUAAAGUCCACCAGAGAAAAUCCGACUUUAGGAGAUUAUGUGAACAACGUCUCCGAAAGGAUCUCACCAAUGCUGCUAAAUACGGUCAUCAACAACAUGCCAUCAACCUCUCCGAUCCUGAAACUCUCGGUAGAUUCCUUGAUACUAGAUUCUUACAGUUGGAAACUGCUGUAGAAUUAGAACUUUGGCAAGAAGCUUUCAGAUCGGUUGAAGAUGUUCAUGGAUUAGUUGCUGCUGGUAAAAAAGUAGCUAAACCAGCUAUGAUGGCCAACUACUACGAGAAAUUGACUCAGAUCUUCAAAGCUGAAGGUGGUAAACAAACUGCGGUUUUCCACGCUGCCGCUUGGGCAAGAUACUUCCAAUACGCCGAAAGAGCAGGUAUCUCCAACGACAAAGCACCAGGAAGUGUACUCCUCUCAGCUCUUGCUGUUCCCCUUGGUGAAGUCGAGACCAAACAACGAUUGAUCGCUCUACUCAAUCUCCCCAAGAUGCCCACUCGAGAAUCACUCGUCAAGGAUGCUGCCGGUAAACACCUCAAACGAGUGCCCGCCGAUAUCCGACAAAUCUACCAUAUCCUCGAAGUUGACUUCCAGCCUACCACCGCUUGCAAGACCCUUGCUCCACUCAUCAGCUCUCUUGCUCCAGAGUACCAACCUUACCUUCCCGCCCUUCGAGAAGUCGUUCUUUCUCGACUUGUUCAAGAACUCGCUCAAGUUUAUGACACUGUCACCCUUUCUCAUAUCUUGAACCUUGUCAAACCAUUCGAGAACACCCCUUGGGCCACCGACAUGCCCUCUCUUGAGAAGUUCCUCAUGUCCGCCUGUCGACGAGGGGACAUUAGUGCUUCAGUUGAUCAUGUCGCUCAAACCAUCACUUUCGUUACUUCCACUGCUCAACCCAACCGACUUUCUGAUCUCGCCAUUGUCCUUUACAACACCAUCCAAUACCUCAACCCUACUCCCGUCACUUCUCGAGCUGAUGCUUUCGCCGCUGCUCUGGCUCAAGCUGAAGAAGAGAGGAAGCAAGUCGCUCAUCGACGACAGAUUGUUCAGAAGAGAAGAGAAUUGAUGGAAGAAGCCAACUUGAGGAAACAACGAGAAGAAUCUACUGCUUUGGCCGAGAGGUUGAAGGCAAAGGCUUUGGAGGACGAACGAAGGGCUAAAGAGGCAGCUAAACAAGCUGAAGUUGAUCGAUUGAAGAAACAGAUGGAGGAUGCUCGACGAGCCGAAGCUGAACAAUUGGCCAAACAAUUGGCUGAUAAGGGAGCUUUGAAAGUUGAUAUCAAGUCUAUCGAAGAUCUCGAUUCGUCGAAAUUGGUUGCUCUUCAAGUUGAACAAUUGGCCAAGGAGAAGAGGGAACACGCCGAAAGACUUAGAAUCGUUGGCAAGAGGGUUGAUCAUUUGGAGAGAGCCAUGAGGAAAGAAGAGAGACCGUUGUUAGCGGAAGAUUAUGAGAAACAGAAAGUUCAAGAUAAGAUUGAACAUGAGCGAUUGAACAAGGAAUCCAAAGAAUUGGCUAUCCAACAGCAGAAGGCAUCGGUGGAAUUGAAGAAUAGAUUAGGAAGGAUGUUACCUGAUUUCAUCGUUGCGAGGGAUAACGUCGAGUCUCAACGUGAGCAGGAAUUCAAGGUUGCAAGAGAGAAAGCAAGGGAGAAGGUGGAGGAAGAAAAGAAGAAACUGAAGGAGAGAUUGAUCGAGAGGAAGAAGGCUGAAAAGGCUAAGAGGGAAGAAGAGAGAAGGGAAGCUGAAGAAAGGGAAAGACAAGCUGCAGAGGAAGCCGAAGCUAGAGCUGCCGAAGAAGCCGCUCGAGCAGAGGAAGAAGCGAAAGCUGCUGCUGCUAUCGAAGCUGCCAAAGCUGAAGCUGCCGAACGAGCCGCCAAAGCACGAGCUGAGAGAGACGCCCAACGAGCCAAGGACGAAGAAUUGCUCAAGAUGCGAUUGGCAAGAGAGGAAGAAGCUGAGCGUAGACGAGCUGAGCGAAGUAGCGGUGCGGGAGCGUACAGGCGACCUGGUGCUCCUGCCCCCGCUGCUGCUGAGACUCCUGCUGCUGCUCCCGCCCUUGCCCCUACGACUGUCAAAGCUGGAGGAUGGAGAGAGCGAGCCGCCGCCAAGGCUGCUGCCGAGGCUAAUGGUACCGCUUCACCUACCGCCACUCCCUCAUCACCCGCUCGACAGGCUUCCGCACCUGCUCCGGCCGAAGGCCAAGCUCAAGGGGAUGCACUAGCUCCUGAGAGAGGUGCUAAGUGGACGAGAGGUAUGGGAGGAAGAGGUAGAGGAGGUGCGACUCCACCUACGUCAGGAAGAGCUCCUUCGAGUAGAUGGUAA